GGCUACCUACAGUAGUGAAAUCGUUUUUUCGUGGAGUAUGUACGUACGUAGACGUAUGUACUAUCUGAUGUAAAUGUUCGAAUCUAAAGAAAACCUGAAAAUUAUUGUAGAAAUUUUCGCAGUCGUGAGUCAUUUACAGUAUUAAAUUGUGAACCAAUCCGAAUAGAAAAUUGCGAUCAAGAUCCUAUCGCAGUAGAGAUACUGUAUCCGAAAUCCUGUUGCUAAUAUUUGACUCAUUUUCGUGCUCUGUAAAUUAUGUCGACUUAUGAAGAAAUGGAUUUCCGGGAAGGAUUUGCCGGUGUGUGUCAUGUGAACGGAACAGCGACUUGCGUAGCUCAACCUGAAGACUACUGUGACGACGACACAUUUGUAUCUGCUCACUAUCUCCGCGCAAACGGCGGCCAUCCAUAUCGCUACUGUGCAGGAGAAUUGGAAAGCGUCGUAAUUGGUCGUUGUGCAGACUCGGGAAACUGCUCGAAUCUGCCCUCCCGUUGUCAAGAUGAACACUCAUUUGUGGACUUCGAUCCAACCUGCACCAUAUCACAGGAUCUAUCUCGUCACGAAGUUACAUAUGUUACAUAUGGAAAGUGCGGAGAUCGCUGCGUAUGGUCGUCGGAGGAUUGCAUCGAGGGUGAAGAAUACUACUCGGACGAUCCGGAAUGCACCUCCGAAAAGGUAGAGAUUGGGGCUUGCUUUGCCGGGCACGCGUUCUGUGCGGUAGGUCACCGAAGUUGUUCGCAGCCGGGCCUCCCGGAUGAACCCUUCUGGACCCAUCAGCAAGUGAAAGAAAAGGUUGGUGCAAACUGCUUCCUAUCGAGUUUACCGGGACAGCCCAUUCAGGCACAUCCUGUCGCGGCUCCUCCCUCGUUGCCAGGAACUAUCACUAACGACAAAGCAAAUGAUUUUUCAGCAUUUGACGAAGAUGGGAUCCCGAAUGCAUCUCCCCCCUCUGCUUCUGGGUCGUCGAGUGACUACAAAGGAUUGUCUGAGGGCUCUUUAGUGACAAUUGUAACGGUAGUCGCAGUUGUGGUAGGCAUUGCUGUGGGCAUUAGUGCUGUCUACUGCCAAAAAACGAACAUAAACAAAGAGACAUGGAAAAGAAAAAUACCGCUGCCCGUGGUAGAUGUUGAGACAAGCGAUCAAGUCAAGAUUGCAGACGACGAAAAUCUGUCAGAUAUUUGAUGUGCAAGGUAUCUUGGAAAGCCGAAGGAAAACUAUCUGUGAAAGUAGAGACGAAAAGACGGAAGACAAGGAAGGCACGGUCCAAAAGUGUGCUAGGUAUUGAAAAGAAAAAAUCAUCUACUUCGUAUUUGCUAGUUUUUCUUCUUUCACCUUCUGGCCUACCGAAACUAUUAAUACAGUAAUUAUUACAGUACUUCGUAUUACUGUAUUUCGUGAUAUCAUUAUAUACUAUUCCUAGUACUACCGUAGUGCCGAAAGGAAAAGAUGUUUCAGAAGACAACAUCAAGCCAAAAGGGCACGAUCCAGAUGUGUGUCAGUUCGAUCGAAUCCAAAGCAAUAAUGGAAAAGUAAUGAUGACACUGUACUGCAUGCAAUCGUAAACUUCUGGCCCUCUUUUGGUGUUUUCAGUUACUGUAAAGCGAUUGUUUCGGUACGCAGUACCGUACCGUAUGACAAAAUUAUGGACAGAAAUCAUGUUUAGGUAGAAAAUAAUGGAAGCCGUUGCUACGGUACCAUACACUGUUAUUACUAGUAGUGUAAACAGGGACACGAUCCGAACGUGUGUCGGUUCGGCCGAAUGUCAAACAUGAUACYAAUGGGACAGAUUUCUUUAUUUUUUGUAUCUUUCAGUCCAUCAAACUCGUCUUGUGGCAAACACAGAAUAUAAAGAAGGGUCACACGCCAAAAUUUGAGAAAAUAAAAAAUAAUCCCAUAGAUUGACGAUAAUGUUGAAGGACACAAUCAAUACAAUAUUUGUUGCGAGAAAUAAGGUGCGUGCCGAGCCAUUGAGUGCACGGUCCAAAACUGUGAUGGGACAAAUCCUAUUUGGACAGCUGGGUUCUACAGAACAAAUAAUAAUCAUCAACUGCAGGCGGCAGAUUGAGUAAAAAUGAUCGUAGCAAUCAUUUUCACAACAGUCGCCGAACGCUUGCAUGAACUAGAAAAUUAGCUUAGAUGCAAAAUCAUAUCCUCAUUUAAUUCAAAACAAUUUUGGUAGUCAAUAAACCAAUAUGAAUAUUGUUCAAAGCACUAUCAUCCUUGCCUUGCUUUCAUGCGGAGCAUCUGGUACGAAAUGGCUUGAAUCCUUUCUCGUCUAAUGAAAAGAACGAUAAAUAUUGGUAGCUAACAAUCACUAAACUGUUUUUUUCUGAUCAAUAAUUGUAAUACAAUGGUUAUCUAGCGUACGGACCAGCCGGGGACAUGGAAGUCAAAGCAGCGGCCCGCCCGAAGCGCCGCCGACAUACCCACAUGUGGAUGUUUGGUGAAAAUGGUGUCUCUAUCUUCACCCCCGACGGAUCCGAAGAAGUGAAAAACAUUCCUCCUGAGAAGGUUUGCAAGAAUGUCACCUCUAGUACGUACAAUGUCUGAAUUUUGACUCAACAUGGUACCACAUGCAACCAGAUGCUCAUUUAUGCCUAAAUUCAUCUUUUUCACAUGCAAUCCAAUACCAAACAGGCGAAGGCUCGUCCCGUAUCCGGUGUGAUUUCAACGAUGUCGUCAGUGAUGGACACAAGUACGUUUGGGCAUCCGUUGCACGAGGAGUUCCAGAGAUCGAUGUCUUCCUAAUUGAUACUGGAGACCUUGUCGGGUCCUUUGGGACCUGCGGUAGCCCGAGAGAUUUGGACUACCAUCCUACGCGCGAAGAGAUCUGGGUGCACUGCUCGGAGUACUCGAAUAUUUCCGCAAGCCAUAUGGAUGUCUUCUCGGCGAACAGCCCAUCGGUGCCUAUUCCUACCACCAUCACUAUGCACGACAAUACCAACAUGCGUUCGUACGGAAAAUUGGAAGUCCAUUCCUCGCUUGGUGACGUUGCAUAUAGCACUGUCAGCGGGCAACCUAAGUUGUACAAGAUCGAUUUGGCUGGGCGAUCCGUCAUGGAAGAAGUCGACGUGAGCAAUGGCAGUCCAAGUAAGUUGCGGUCGUAUUAAUCUUGUUCUUCUGCCGUCAAGAAACUUAUCUCUGAUGCUAUCUUGCCUCCAUUUCGCUUACUCUAAACUCUACAGAGUUCUACGGUGUCUAUGACAUCGCAUAUUCUCCAAAGAAUGGUCAUAUUUUUGCUCGCACAGAAGUCUGCUGUACCUGUGGGUUUGAGGGCGCCGAUUCUCUCGAAUGUGGUCGCUAUGGAUCUCGGAACAUUACCAUUAGCGGUGAAACCGUCGAAGGCCAGUGCGGACGUCAUUGUCAAGGAGGGCCAACCGAUACCGUCGGAGUCAUUGAAUACGAUACCAACACUGAUACCGUUGUCGGGUCGCACAAAUUCGUUGGUUCUGCUCCGGUGUAUGCGCCCUUCAGUUCUCCCGAUGGAGAACAUAUUGUCAUGUUCGGUUUGGAUGGCGGUCAAACCGUCGAGAUCCUAAAGGUUGGCAAUACUGGAGAAAUGUCGGUACGCCAACAUUUGAGGAAUGGCAUUGCAUUCGCUUGGUUCUUGUUCGAUGACUGACUUUAACUCACAUUAGUUUCAAUCCGAAUCUCUGCUUUCAUAAAUGAACAGGAAGUCGAGACAACCCUCAGCCUCGAUUUUAACACCACGAAUGUGGAAGAAUACGGCGUCUACAACGACUUCGCCUACAUCCAGACAGACGAGAUGAAUCUCUUUGUGGUAUCGUCUUCGUCGGACUACAAGGUCGCCAUUGUUGACAUGAGCACCCCUAGCUAUGACGUCAGUUACGUAAUGCUCAAGGAUGUUCCCUACGAAGGUCGCCGAUACAGCMGCCAGGUCGAAUGGGCCGAGGGAACCAAUUACGUAUGGAUUGGAGGUCGCCAAGACGACGAGGCCUACGUGAUCGACCUCGAAAGCAAGGAAUUGAUCCGAACCUUUACAGAGGUCGACUCCCGAAAGCUUCUUUCCGUUGCCCCCUAUCAUUUCAUGGGAAUGGCGGACGAAUACGGCAGUUACAUGGCAGCAAACGGUAUCGGUAGCGGUGGGARCAACGACGACGUCUUGAGCAUCGUGGCUCUAGCGUUGUCUUGCGUUGCCAUUGCGGCGGUCGCGGCCAGCUUUGUGGCGAAGAAGUCCGAUCCGAAACUAGAACCGAAGGAAUCUGCCGUACCUCUGACCAAGCACAAGGUCGACGAUCCGUCUCUCGCUGUCCCCCCGAGCGUUGCCUAAGCGAACGCGCCUCGUAUAAAUCAUAGUCUGCCUU